CCCUUCUCAAAAAGAGGCGCGAAAAACCAGAAACAGAAGAGAGAGAGAGAGAGAGAGAGAGAGAGCGGCCAUGGCAGGCACUGAUGCGCAGAAGCAGCUCCUGGCUCUGAUUCGCGACUUCGCCUCCGAGAAAUCGCAAGGAGAGCGGAGAGUAGCUGGCCUCAGGAAACAGAUCGAGGAGCUGCGAUCGGCGCUGGAUGCGGCUAACGCGGAACUCGAAGACACGAAGAUCCGUAGAGAGACUGCCGAGCAAGAGCUGAAAGGCUACGAAGUUGAGUUGGCCGUGAACGAAUCUGCUAUUCAGGCUCUCGAGGCUAGGAUUUCCGCCACUCAGAAGGAGGCAUCUACUGUUCGGUCAGAUCUACAGGAUCUGAAGAGUAAAGACCGGGAAUCUAGAGACGAGUUUAUCAACAAGAUGUUUCAGUUGAAUGCCAAAAUAAGGAAUUUUCAGAAGACGGCAUUCAGAGAUGUUGGUAAAGAGGAUAUGGUUGGAAAUUCAUCCGAAGAUAGCUGCCUAUUUGUGAAGGAGGAUGUUCAUGGGACAGCUGACAGAACUCUUGAGGAUAAACUGGCUCAUUUGAUAACUGAACUGACUAAGGAAGAAGAGAUGUUUCAAGUAGAGCAGAAUAUCCAAAAGCAGAUCCAGCAAGAAUUGCUUGAUUUGGAAAUGAAAGUGCUGUUAAUGGAGGCAAUUGCGAAGGCGACAAGAGAUUUGCAGGACCUGACCAGAUAUCCUUCCCUGAAAGUAGAUCAUGCAUUGUCAAGUAGACAACAUGUCAUUUAAGCGUUAUGCAUACCAACGCGAAGAAAGCACAUACUCCAAUCCCCAUUAGUCAUGAUAUUUAACAAAAAUUCACAAUCCGUUUCCUUAUUUGUGUAUAGAUUAGAGCCAUACAUAUACAAAUAACCAAGUCAUGUAGUCACAUUAUGUUGUAAAUGUCAAGAACUGCCAUUUACCAAGAGUAAUUGAUCUUGGCAAGGAGGUGAAGCAUCGAAUAGGACAAUAUUAGGGAAGACGGUCGAAGUAGAACUCUUUUACCUUGACGGAAACAAGCAGAGUUCCCAAUUAGAAUGGAAGUAUUCUGGUCUGGCUGAGGGGCUCCAAAGGAGUAGUGUGUGUCCUUCUUGUCGUCAAGACAACAUUGAUGCUCUUGAAGGCAAUCUUCAGAUAAAUGAAGCAGGCUGAUGCUUGAUGAUGCUUCAGCAUUCAAGCUCAAGGUCUUCAUCUGGCAUAGAGUUUUCAUGGAUCCUUCUUAUGGCAAAGAUAGAGGUAUUUGUCUACCAACUAUGUAGCUAAUUUUGUACUGCCUGUGUUACUUGCAAAAAUUUCUUAUUUCCAACCGAUUUCCACUGAUUGUGAUAACAUUCAUGCUUGAUGGGUAAAAGAUCCAAUCACAAUUCUUUCA